AUGAGAACACUGCAGAUGCCGCCUCCUCUAACCACUUGCAAACUCCUCCCACCAAACUCUCCACCUCUCUCUCUUCGAAGAUCUCACCAACUUCCAAACAAAACCACCAUCAGAGCUCGCAGCAGCGGACUGCAAAGCUUCUUGGAUCUGAGCUGUGAAUCCAAGCCAGAGUGUCUCGCCAUCGACCUCCAAUGGCACGAGCCAUCGAACUCAUCAUCCUACGACGCCAUCAUCCUCGGCUGCGGCCCAGCCGGCCUGCGCCUCGCCGAGCAAGUCUCCUCGCACGGCGUUCACGUCUGCUGCAUCGACCCCUCGCCGCUCUCAGCGUGGCCCAACAACUACGGCGUUUGGGUUGAUGAGUUCGGGGCCAUGGGCCUCGAAGGCUGCCUCGAUAAGGUGUGGCCUAUGACAACCAUCUUCAUCGACGAUCGGAAGACCAAGUAUCUCGGCCGCCCUUACGGUAGAGUCUCUCGUAAAAGACUAAAGACGCAGUUGCUAGAAGGAUGUGCCUCUAAUGGAGUCGAGUUCCACAAGGCCAAGGCGUGGAAGGUGGAGCACAAGGAGUUCAGCUCCACCGUCUCGUGCUCCGAUGGGUCCGAGCUGAAAGCUAGCAUGGUCGUCAACGCCACCGGAUUCACGAGCCCAUUUAUAGAAUAUGACGAGCCACGGAGGAACCACGGGUACCAGAUCGCGCAUGGGAUACUCGCAGAGGUGGAGGGCCACCCUUUCGACACGGACAAGAUGGUGCUCAUGGACUGGAGGGACUCGCAUAUGGGCAGCGAGCCUUGCUUGAGGCCUCGGAACGGCCAACUCCCGUCGUUCCUCUACGCGAUGCCCUUCGACUCCAAGUUGAUCUUCCUCGAAGAGACGUCGCUGGUGAGCCGGCCGGUGCUGCCAUACGUGGAAGUGAAGAGGAGGAUGGUGGCCAGAUUGAGACAUCUUGGGAUCAAGGUGAAGCGUGUGAUAGAGGAUGAGAAGUGUUUGAUUCCGAUGGGCGGGGCGCUACCUGUGAUUCCCCAGAAUGUCAUGGGGAUUGGGGGGUCCGGAGGGCUGGUGCACCCGUCCACGGGGUACAUGGUGGCGAGAACCUUGGCGUUGGCUCCGGUGGUUGCCGACGCCAUGGCGGAGUGCUUGGGCUCGACGCGGAUGAUGAGAGGGAGGCAGCUUUACGGUAGGGUGUGGGCUGCGCUGUGGACUGGGGAGAGGAGGAGAGCGAGGGAGUUUUACUGCUUUGGGAUGGAGACGCUGCUGAGGCUGGACUUGAAGGGCACAAGGAGGUUCUUUGAUGCUUUCUUUGAUUUGGAUCCAUACUAUUGGGAAGGGUUCCUCUCCUCUAGGUUGUCGCUUGGGGAGUUGAUUGCUUUGAGCUUGUCUUUGUUUGGGCAUGCAUCAAAUCCUUCCAAGUUGGACAUUGUUACCAAAUGCCCUGGGCCUUUGGCUAGAUUGAUAGGCACUCUUGCUCUCCAGUCUAUCUAGACACAAGGUUACAUUCAUCAGU